AUGCCAGCUGAAAUUAUGGCCGAAAGCACUGCCACGAAUGGUGGUCCCCGUAAGCAAUACGAAAGAACGCGAUUGCAGUCCGAGAACCCGUUCGCUGCUCUCAUUCCUGAGCAGCAGCUAGCGAUCGUUCCAGAAUUCACCCUUGAGUCCGGGGUUACACUUUAUAACCUUCCCGUCGCUUAUACAACUCGCGGCAAGCUCAACGAUGAGGGAAACAAUGCUAUGGUGAUCUGCCAUGCACUCACUGGAAGCGCCGAUGUAAGCGACUGGUGGGGCCCUCUACUCGGAGGUCCUGGUCGAGCCUUCGAUACCUCAAGAUUUUUCAUUGUCUGUAUGAACAGUCUGGGUAGUCCCUAUGGCACUGCAAGCCCGGUGACAGCAAAGGAUAACGACCCAAGCAAGGGUCGAUAUGGACCUGAGUUCCCGCUGACCACCAUUCGCGAUGAUGUCAACCUGCAUAAGCUCGUCUUGGAUGACCUAGGCGUGAAGCAGCUUGCUGCUGUUGUUGGAGGAUCUCUUGGCGGCAUGUUCGUGCUCGAGUGGGCGUACUUUGGCAAAGACUAUAUCCGCUGUAUCGUCCCCAUUGCCACAUCAAGCAGGCACAGUGCCUGGGGUAUCAGCUGGGGUGAAGCUCAGCGACAGAGCAUCUACGCUGACCCCAAGUACGAUGAUGGGUAUUACUCGUUUGAUGACCCUCCUUCAACUGGUUUGGGGGCGGCUCGUAUGUCUGCCCUGCUCACGUAUCGAAGUCGCAACUCCUUCGAGUCAAGAUUCGGACGAAACAUUCCCGAUCCUUCCAAGGUCCAGACUAUUGGCGGCCGGCCACGCCCCUCGACUCCUUCAGAGGCACACUUCAACAUUCACAAUGACGGCCAUGUUGUCAAGCGCACAUCCAUUUCUCGCCAAGGCAGCACAACUGAUGCUGCACCGAGCUCUCAGACACCCGCAGGACCCGAUGACGUUGCGGAUCCUCAGUUCCAUGGACCUAGCAACGGCAGCCUUACUGGAGGAGAUCUGCCGCAAUCGCACUACUUCUCUGCUCAAUCGUAUCUGCGAUACCAAGGCCGUAAAUUUGUUUCGCGAUUCGACAGCAACUGCUACAUUGCCAUGACUCGUAAGCUUGACACACAUGAUGUGUCCCGCAACCGAGCCGACACUAUCGCAGAUGCACUAGCUAUGAUCCAGCAGCCUACACUUGUUUUGGGAAUUGAAAGCGAUGGCCUCUUUACGUUUGCUGAACAAGAGGAGAUCGCGAAACAUGUUCCCAAGGCACGACUCGAGCGAAUCGAUAGUCCAGAGGGCCACGAUGCGUUCUUGUUGCAGUUCGAGCAGGUCAACAACUAUGUCCUUUCAUUCUUCAAGGAAGUUUUGCCUGACAUCAUGUCCAAGGAUGGUUCCGAACCUGAGGAUGCUAGCGUUGGACAGAUCACCAAGUCAAGCACAUUUGGUGAAGCUGAGGUCGAGGAUAUCACUGCCUGGUAA